AUGGAGGCGCAUGGCGGACAGCACGUGCGACUCGCCGAGGACGAGCGCACACGUGACUCGACCACGGAAGCAGCUUGCGGUGGACGCAGUCGGCCGACUCGCAUCGAGGCGCUGCCACCAGAACUGCUCUUGUACCUCUCGAGAUUUCUCGAUCUGGCGAGCGCGAUAGUGCUGAGCACGGCAACUUGCCGUAACCUACGUGCGAUCUUUGGCCAGUUCGACCGCGAGCUGCUGUACCUGGAGCCGGGGCAUCGUCUCUGUCUGGCCGAGUGGAGAGAAGCUGCGGCCCAAUUGCAAAAUCACGGGUUGUCCACAGAGUCACCCGCCGACUCCAGCACGCCGCCGUCUGCGAUCGACCAAACAGCAAAGCCAAAGACGACUUUGGACGUGGCUCGGGUGGUGCACGAGCUCACACGGGACGAAAGCUUGAUUGAUCUAGACCUGCUCAAGGCGGUGCUGGAUUUUCUCUCACGCCGCUGCACCUCGGAAGUAUCUCAGCAUAUCCGAGUGGAUGCCGUGAUGCCGUCAAGGUGGGCCAGCGGGAAUGCGGGUGCCAACAAAAUCCGAACUCUUCAUCUCAGCGGCUGGCAUGGCAUUGCAGGUGCGUUUCUAAUCCAGCAGCUGCACAUGCAGCCGGCGCUGCGCAGAGUGUGCACGGUUGUCAAGACCGAGCGUGCCGACUCUCGCAUAUGGAAGCAGGUGGCAGCCGACGACCCGACGCUCGUGCCGCCCUCGUUUUGGCCAUCGACCCAGCCGGACCCGCAGCAAGAUGGUGAAAGCGGCAAGCCGGGCUUUUCACGCUGCACGAGCACGCAGAUCAUCGUGCGCGUCGGUCGCCGCCUCCCGCGCCGCGAUGGCCAGGCUUAUCUGCGCGGAGAAGGCCUCCAGAUGGGCUACGAGGGAUACUGCAUCGAGCUCAACUCGCCCAAACAGCUGUCAGUGCCAUCAAGCGAUGAGGCGUUAAAAUCGUCUGGUCCGGAACCACCUUCUACAGCGGAGGCAGCAGCAUCAACGGGCGAUCGAUUGCACGUCGUUCUACAGGGUCGCGAGGACACGGAUGCAACCCUGGGUGGAUGGACGCACAACGAGCAGCUCUGGGUGCGCAGCAUUGUAACCUGCAACCACUGCAAGGCACCCAUCCGGUUCUAG